AUGGCAGCCUGUGUUCUGAGCAUUGUUACCAUGGUAACACAGGUGGUGGUUGUUCUGGAGGUGAGGAACUUGAGAUCAGAACUGGAGACAAAACUGCGUCACAAGGAAGCAGUUCCGGACGGCAAAGAUUUUGACAAGCUUCGGGGCGCCAAGGCUGCCUUGAAUGACCCCCGGGGCCUACCAGGCGCAGCUGGCUCAUCGGGAAGGGAUGGACGCGAUGUCAAACAACCAGGUACAGUUUCUCCUGAGAACCUAGCCUGUCCCAGCGGUUACGUUAAGUUCCAGGACACAUGCUUCAGCUUCUCCAACGAAAGGAGGAACCAUGCUGAAGCAAGGUGCGCCUGUCAGACUACUGAACUGAACUGUCAGACUACCGGCGGGCACCUGGCUCUGCCUAAGGACCAGGCAACUAACGACUUCUUGGUCAACCAGAUCCACGACAGGUACCCCAAUGGCGACGACGUCUGGUUCGGCCUGACAGACCAGCUCCAGGAGGGAGAAUGGGCAUGGGAUGACGGGGCGCCACUCGGCACAGGCUGGACCAACUGGUAUACAGGGCAACCUGACGAUGGCGCUGAUGGUUUUAGCUCUGCUGAGGACUGUGCUAGGUGGAGGGAAGACAGCUACAAGUGGGACGAUGGUUCAUGCUUUUUUCCUCGGCAUUAUGUGUGUGAAGUCAGUGCAGCUGUUCCCUAG